AUGCGCAUCAGCGGGGACAUGUCCAGCGGGACACCGUACUCAUCAGCUUUAGAGAUGUGCGAAUGCAAAAUGGGAACUGAGGGCAAUGAGGCGGUUGGUAAGGAAAAUGUGCUCCCGACGUUGGAAAAGGCUUCCCUCCAAAUGCUCUCAGAUCUGCGCAAUAGGUGUGAAGAACUCGAUGAUGCUCUGGCGAUGCUAGACUCGACAAAAAAAGAAAUAGAAGGACAGAUAAAUCAGUGUUUCCAAACUAUACUGCGUACGUUGGAGGAGCGUCGAUUGGUUUUGUUUAGUGACCUAGAAUCUUCUCUACAGAAACGACGAUACAUAAUUGAGGAGCUGAUGAAGAAUAUGGAAGAACGCAGUCAGAAGCUCACCGUUACAACAGAACUAAUUAAGCAAUACCACAUUCACGAGAAAAGUCUCUGCAAUGGUGAAAAUAUGGAAAAGUAUGAAGAGGCAAGUCAUGAGAUAAGAAGACGUAAUGCUGAAGAUCAGCUGCGUUUCCUUCUCGGGAUUCCAGUACCGAUUCAUCCCUCGACCACCGAUAUAUUGUCCUAUUUUCCUAUCGAUUUGGACAAACUUUUGAGCCUUGUAAAAAACUUUGGUGCUAUAGGAAUGACUAGUGUCGAUUCCGAUCAAACAAGUAUCGUGGAACCCGAGUCAGGGGGUAGUCAUGUUAUGCGAUGCGUUGUAAACGAAGUCUACUUUCAGAAGGUGCUCGCAGUGGACAGUCAAGGUAGGAUUGUGGGAGCCGUUAAUCCGAAAGAGUUCUCUGUCAGUCUCACGCAUCGGCCGGUUCAUAUGAAUGAGGUGUCUGUUAUUGAGCCACAAUCCAAAGCCGAGUCCUCGGCCUUCGACAACUCGGUACUAAUUCGUCUGAAAUUAGCCAAUCCUGGAUUUUAUGAACUUAAUGUCAAGGUUCUCGGUGAGCACAUACGCAAUUCACCGUAUCGAGUUCACUGCCUACCCAGAAUGGGACGUGCAGCAGAGGACUGGAAGAUGGUUUUUACUGAACUAAGCGAACAUAUUGAACUGCGUCGCGGUCCUCUGCAAUACAUCAAAAGAAGUACUUCGGAGCUGCACUUACCGAGAUUGCCACCACCUCCGCAGGCAUUGGCAGAUGAAUUAUCUUGGAACAAAAACGGCCUGAUCUUUGCCAUAGAAUUUGGCUCCGAGACUGGUCAGAUGGUGCGUCCAACUUCCGUAGCAGAAACAAUUAACUCUAAUUACCUGAUCAGCGAUUUCGACUUGCACUGCAUUCAUGUCUUCCAACCGUCGGGCAGUUAUAUGUCCCGCUUCGGCCAACGCAAUUUGGCCGGACCAUAUGUAAGUAUCCUUCUCGUCACAUUCCACCCAAAAGAAGCAUUAAGGAUGAUAAAAUCGUAUCAAAUUAUUGCUCAAGAAGCUAUUUGA